UUUCAAUGCAAGAUUUUUUCUUGCAUAAAUUAUGCUCAUGACGUAGUGCAAAAGGCCAAUUUCGAGGCAAUUUUGCCCAACUUUUCUGCACAAAUGGGACAUUAUGCGUCACCUUUAGGUUUUUGCGCGGUCAGAAGAGUUUGAGAAAGGACGUCGUCAUUAAAUAUUUAGACAGAGGAGCUGCUAACGCUGCAAACCUCCUUAUCAAUGCAAAUAGGUCUUUUGUGUGCAGUCACAGCGCCUGUCUGGGAGCUGAGGUGAAUUUUUAAUUAUGUGUGACUGAAACAAACUGUGACAGGACCUAUCCAAAAGCGGCCGAUGACGGCAGACGAGCGUCUCUAACGCGAAUACAUGGAAAUCAUCAAGUCAUAACAGAGAACCAUGGCCUCCCAGGACCAACCAGCCAAAGAUGUGUCACUCACUGUCAAUGAGCAAGUCAUUGUAAUGUCCGGACAUGAGACCAUUCGUGUGCUUGAGGUAGAAGUGGACACGCCACAGUCUUCAACAUUACCAGAUGGAAAAGGAGAGCCAAAGAGUGAAGAUGGACCUACAGAGCAAUCAGACAGCUGCACACCACUGGACCAGAGCACAGGGGCAGUGGUUUUGGGUGAGCAGCCAACUCCAGCUCCUCCAGUUCAAACUUUAACCCCCUCUGUCCCCAUCAGUGUGUCCCUGCCCCAAGCUCAGGCUACAGUUCCCAUCACGGUACAGGGCUGCCCACAGGUACUGACCCAGGAGAGUUUGGCCACCUUGAUGACAGGCAUGGCACAGGCUGGGACUCUGGGCCAGCCUCUGCUCAUCCCACUGAACAUGGCGGGGUCUCUGGGUGGACAGGGUAGCCUCGCGGUGCUCACUCUCCCCACCACAAACGUUGCCACGCUCCCGGGGCUUGCUGCAGCCACUACAGCAGGAAACCUGCUCAAACUGCCCUUUGCUGGGCUCCAAGCUGCUGCAGUGUUGAAUUCAGUGCAGCCUCAGCUCCAGACCGGUACACAGGCGGUUUUCCCUUCUCCCGCCGCUCAGCCUGUUCAGUCCCAGGCCCCACCCACCCCGGUUUCUACGGCAGCAGCCCCCAUGCCCCCCGCCUCCUCCGCUGUCUCCCAGUCUAUACCUGUGGCUGCUCUUCAGACUGCUGGCCUCUCCAUCAACCCAGCCAUAAUUAACGCUGCCACCCUUGGAGCACAGACUCAGUUCCUCGGGUCCAUCGCCUCCACUCCGAUCUUCACCAACGCCAUGUCCAAUAUGGCUGGAAUCACUAGCCAGAUUAUCACCAACGCCCAAGGACAGGUGAUAGGGACCCUGCCGUUGUUGUUGAACCCCUCUCUGACGGGCGCAACCCCCACCCUCCCGCUGCAGGGGCUCCAGGGGCUCCAGGUGCAGACGGUUUCACCUCAGAUCCUGUUUAAUAACCAGGGCCAGAUCAUCGCUGCAGUGGGAAACGGACCAGCCACAGUCGCCUCCUCCGCCUCAGUGCAGCCCAAGACCACUGCAGCUUCACUUCUGUCGAAGUCUAAUGCCCAGGCUUCUAUUACUGCUGUCAGUCAGUCUCCGGUUGUCAUUGCACCCUCUCCCUCUGUUCUGAAGUCUGCCCCCACACUAUCCUCCACUGGGCCCAUCACCUGUGCAGAUGUGGCCAAAGUGGGACAACUCGUCAACAAGCCCCAACCUGCAGUCAGUGGUGAGGAAGGCAUUAAUCUGGAGGAAAUUCGAGAGUUUGCCAAGAAUUUUAAGAUCCGCCGUCUGUCCUUAGGGCUCACACAGACACAAGUGGGACAGGCUCUAACCGCGACUGAGGGCCCAGCGUACAGCCAGUCUGCUAUCUGCAGAUUUGAGAAGCUGGACAUUACCCCCAAAAGUGCUCAGAAACUCAAGCCCGUUCUGGAGAAGUGGCUGGCUGAAGCAGAGCACUGGAACCAGAAAGGACAGCAGAAUCUGAUGGAGUUUGUUGGCGGAGAACCUUCAAAAAAACGAAAACGUAGAACCAGCUUCACUCCCCAGGCUAUCGAAGUCCUCAACUCCUACUUUGAGAAAAACGCACUCCCGACUGGUCAAGAAAUUACCGAAAUUGCACGAGAACUGAACUACGACAGAGAAGUAGUACGUGUUUGGUUCUGCAACAGACGCCAGACUUUGAAAAACACAAGUAAAAUCAACGUCUUUCAGGCUCAACAGUGACCUCUUCUAACUCCACUAACUUUUUUGUCCUGUUGGUUCAUGGAUUUCAGUGUAAUUCAAAGUUUGGACUCUUGCCAUAGCAAUAAACAACUAACUAGAAUAUACUAAAAUGGUCAAAUGUUCUCAAAAUGGCACCCAUAACAGGACACUGACACUAAUGAAUAUAAAUUGCAAACUGUUUUUUGAAAAUGAAGGAAAUUAUAUUGUUAUUGCUACAUUUCAACGCUGUCUACUACUAUAGUUACUACUUCUUUCUUGUUGUCAAAUCAAGUAAAACUGCAUGACCAUAUUAUAUACAGUGAUAAUAAUGUUAGCUUAUGUUAUUUAAACACAUCUUUACAGCUUAUACAUUUAAAAUCUAUUUACAUGUUUUACAUCAUUUUACAUUAACUUGAAUCUGAAUCUGAAUCUACUUUUUUCUUAUCCACAGCCUCCUACCUGUAAGUGUUACAGUGUUGUCAUUUAUUAUACUUUUAAAAUUGGUACUUUGGUUGGUGCUAAAGAGUUUGUUGUAGGCCAAAAAUUGUAUUCUAAAUUUCUUUUGACAAUCAUUUCAUCAUGAACUUUCUUCAGUUUACCCAAUAAGUAAGGAUCUUACUAUUGUAUUCAUUUUAAACCAUGUAUGUCCAAAAAUGCUCUGACAUGUUUUGCUCAUAUAAGGUAUAAAUACAUUUCAGUAGUCUCAUUUCAAAUGAAUUCAAAGGGUUUAUGUUAUGUCUAUGUCACUCCUUUUUUCCUUUAUUGUACUUAUUUUAUGUACUACCUUCCUCUUUGUAUUUUUGUAAGUUAUAUUAACAGCUUCAGUGAUCCUAGCUUGUCUAAUGCAUCAGUGCCACAUUUUUGUGAUAUUGUUUUAUUUGUAUAUUUUAAGACAAGGUGUAUUUGGUACUUGUAAAAGUAAUAUGCAUUUAUUGUUGUGGCCAUAGGUUUGGUCUGUGCAUGUACAGUAUAAAAGUAUCCUUUGAAAGGACAAUAUAAAGGCAGUUUUUUCCUCUCGUUUUGCACUUAAAAACAUUUAAGAUGAAAUACUGUUUUUGAUCUGCAUUGCUUUGUAAAAACUGUAACAUUACUCCAAU